AUGACGCCCCCGCCGCUCCUCUUCCACGCCCUCCUGCGCCCCGCGGUUCUGCAAAUCCUGCGCGCGACGGGCUAUCACGCCGCGCGGCCUGUGGUGCUCGAUGCCGUGACGGAGCUCGCGGCGCGGUACAUGUACGCGCUGUGCCAGGCGACGGCGCGCCACGCCGCGGACAACAACCCCGACGGCGAGGCGCCCGGCAUUGUCGACGUGCGCAUGGCGCUGCAGGAGCUGGGCGCCGUGCCGCCGGACGACGUGCUCGCUGAGGGCAGGGGCGCGAUCCUGGGCGAGAUCCUAGACUCCGUCGAGGGAGGCGCCGAGGGGCCCGCUGGAGCGGGAGCAGGAGAAGCAGCAGGAGAAGGGCCCGAUGCCGAGGGGGACCUUGCGAUGACAACGGCGCUGGCCGAUGUCGCGCGGGAGAGGGAGAGGGUCGAGGACACGAGGGGCGUGGACGAGUUCAUCAAGUGGUUCUCCGGGCCGCGGAACAAGACCAUCCGGGAAGCCGCGGUGGGCGACGGAGAGCUGGAGCUGGGCGAUUACUUGAACGUCCUGAAAAAGAAGCACAGCAAGACGGGCGAGGACUCCAAGUACCACGGCACGAUCAUCGGCAAGGGUAACGACGUCGGCGAGGUCCAGGUCGAGGGCGGAGACCUGCCGAGCAUUCACACGUGGCGGACCAAGAUGCAGGGGCCCCUGCCGGGCAACGCACUGUCGGCGGCGUCGCCUCGAAUUAAGGAGGAGUCGAGGCCGCCAAGCUCCGGGCUGAGCUCCGUGGGCGACAGGCUGGGCGACGACCGGGACGGCAUGGACUUGUCGUAG